GCAACCCUUUGGCAGCUUGCGCUCACACCUCAGCCCCGGGGACAGAUUUGCCAGGAGGAUGUGGACCCCAGGCUUUGAUCCUAACAAUGUGCAAGAGGAAACGUCCUGCCUGCCUUGUGAACUUGCUCUGUCUUGGGCUGGGACUUGGCUCCAGCGCAGCUCAUCUCCGCAGGGCUUAGAUCAUCGCUCUCCUACGGAGAAUACUCAGCAGCUGGAGGCCCCUCGCCAUCCAGGGACGCUCUCUCCCAAGGGCUCCUUUAACAGCCCCCUGAGGAUUUCUCCGGGCUAUAAUAUUCCCCCAGACAAGCCUUUCUUCUCCUCCCGCCUUUCUUCUGUCAAGGAGCCCUCUGGGACCAGCAGCAUUGUCAGGAUGGUGCCAAUUAGGCUGAGCUGGCUUCCAAGAGGCUGUGCUGGCACCGGCCGGGGGCUGCUGUUGCUCAUAAAGAUCUGGCUCGGAGAACAUGGCCACUUCAGUGAGGACGUUCCCAGUUGCCCCGUGGACACCGACGCCGGCUCCCUGGCCAGGAGGAAACACCACCACAGUGGCGGAGGAAAAGUGCAUCUUCAACGAGGAGUUCAAGUUCAUCCUGCUGCCCGUCUCCUAUGGCAUCGUCUUCGUGGUGGGGCUGCCCCUCAACUCCUGGGCCCUGUGGAUAUUCACCUCCAGGAUGAGGCCCUGGAACGCCACCACCACCUACAUGUUCAACCUGGCUGUCUCCGACACGCUCUACGUCCUCUCCCUCCCCACCCUGAUCUACUAUUACGCCAACCGCAACAACUGGCCCUUCGGGAAAUGGCUCUGCAAGAUUGUGCGCUUCCUCUUCUAUGCUAACCUCUACAGCAGCAUCCUCUUCCUGACGUGUAUCAGCGUCCACCGCUACAUGGGCAUCUGCCACCCCAUCCGCUCCCUGAAGUGGGCGAAGACCAAACACGCCCGCAUCAUUUGUGUGGGUGUAUGGCUUGUUGUCACCAUCUGCCUCAUCCCCAACCUCAUCUUUGUCACCACCAGCUCCAAGGGCAACAGCACCCUGUGCCACGAUACCACCAAGCCCGAGGAGUUUUACCGUUACAUGCACUACAGCUCCUCCGUCAUGGCCCUCCUCUUUGGGGUCCCCUUCUUGGUGACUGUCCUGUGCUACUGCCUGAUGGCCAAGAGACUCAGCAAGUCCAGCUUCUCCAGCUCCGGCCCCCGAAUGCCCUCCUACAAGAAGCGCUCCAUCAAGAUGAUCAUCAUCGUGCUCACCGUCUUUGCCAUCUGCUUUGUACCCUUCCACAUCACCCGCACCAUCUACUACACCUCCCGCUACUUUCAAGCCGACUGCCAGACCCUCAACAUCAUCAACCUCACCUACAAGGUCACGCGGCCCCUGGCCAGCAUCAACAGCUGCCUCGACCCCAUUUUGUACUUCAUGGCUGGGGACAAAUACCGGGGGCAGAUGUGCCGGGGGCCAGCCCAGCGCCUCCGGCCCAUGCCCACGUGCAACCUGGCCCUGGUAUCUCCCUCCAUGGACAACGUCGCAGGUGGCACCCACACUGCCGGCGUCAUCCAAGGGACAGGGACAGCACGGAGUGGAGGCGGGUGCUGAGGUGCCAAAGGGGGUUCCAGUAACCUCAUUGUCUGGUGUCCACGAGUUGCAGCCCCUCCAGGCUCUGUGUGAGCACCCUGGUACCCCCAGGUCCCCAAACCUGACCUGCCCAGCCCUUGCAGGGGCAGAGACUGCAGGGCUGAGGGCUGGUGGCCAUGGGGCUUGUCCCAGCUCAGCGCCGGGGUGCCGUGGGAGGAGGGUGCCAGUGCGGCUCAGAGCAGGACAGCCACUGGGCACCCAAGGGAAUGGGAAGGAUGCUGAGAAAGCCAUUUUAGGGAGGCAGGCUGGCAUCCCAUCCCGGGGUGCUCCUGGGGACAUGUCAGGGCUCACAAGUCCCUAAAGAGAAGGGACACUGGUCCCUCCCUGGGCACGCAGAGCCCUUCCAGUCUGCUCAACAGCAACGUGUGGGGACCGGACUGAACCUGGGGACAGAGCUGACACCGGGCCCACCACGUGCCUGGCAGAGGUUCUUGGAGAUGUCCCCGUCACACUGCUGGCCUUGGGAGAGGUGGGGAGGGACACGGCAUGGGGCACUUGCUGCCUGUCACCCCCAAUAAAGCCACUUCCCCUUUCUCUA